AUGCAGGGAAAAUACAGCCCCAAUUUAAGGGCGGCCCCGGCCCGGGGAAGGGACGGCCCGACCCUUUUCAAGGGCCCAGGGGUUAAGGGGGUAAAACCCAAGCCUCGGGCGGGUCAGGGCCCCUCACCGGGGUCUCGGGGGCCCAAGGCCGGGGGCCCUCCCCGGGGCCCCCAGGGGCGGGUCACAGGGCCCUUCCCGGUCUCAGGGGCGGGCCCACGGGGCCCUACCGGCCUAAAGGGGCCCCGGGUCCCCUUUGGGCCCUCCCAGGGCCCGGGGCCAGGGGGACCUUCCUCCGAGGGGGUUUUUCCUCACGGGGCCCUCACGGGGCCCGUCCGCCGCCCGACCGUCCGGGGGCCUUCCCCCAAACCGGGCAGGGAGGUUUUACCCAGGACCCGGCCUUUCAUGGGGCUAAAACGGCCCCCGGGGCCUCUGGCCAGGGGGCCUCUGACCAGGGGCCUCCGGGCCGGGCCUCUCCCCCCCGGGGGAAGGGGCCUCGCCCACCGGGGCCCCCCCGGACCGGGGCCCGCCACGGCCCUGUGCCCCUCGGGCCUAAGGGAAAACGGCCUCGGGGGCCACCCCUUUCUUUCCCCGGGGCCCCAACGGGCCCCCGGCCCCGGGUUAAACCUCAUGAAAGGGGGGGGGAGGAAGGCCUCAGGGAACCCCGGGUAA